AUGAGUUUUGAUAUUGACAUAUAUGAUAUCUUUCAAGGUGAUGGGACGCCUCUGAAGAAUAAAUCAAAAAUUUCAUGGAACGACAUUAUAAAUCCAAAAUACAAUACCGGGAAGAUAUCACCUUGGAAUUCAAAUGAAACUACACAGAAACAACAUUCAUACAAUUCAGCGAAGCCAAACUCUGCUGCGUCAAGUGGAAAUGUAGCUCAGCAACUAAGAAAGAAAACCACGAAACCGCAGAAUAACCAGAAAAGUCAACCAAAACAGGACUCAAGGAUUUCAUCAAAAUGGGCGAAAAAGACAAACGACAUUCAUGCACAGCAGGAACAACCACCAAAAGACGGGGUUUUACAUCCUAAUCUGAAGACGGCUUAUCCUUUGAGUUUCGAUGCAUAUUACAGUGACUAUACUACAAUAAAACCAACACAAGAAUAUCAAUAUGCAGAGCAUGAUCUAUACUAUUACUUCUACCCUGAAUUCUAUGGAGCUACGGUGAACCCAACACCAUUUUACGAUUAUCCUACCAAAAAGAAACGUAGUUUUUUAAGUUCUACCGAAGAACCAGAAUACGAAGGAGAAGAAAUGACGACCGUUUCUGGAGCAACCAGACGUUCAGCGGCAGGUAAUGAGAUCGAGGCAGAAGAUAUUACGACAGAUAUUACAACAUCAAAACCUAAAACAUUGGCCGUAAAUAUUAAAGUAACAACAACUACGGAAAGAACUGUCACAGAAGAAGUAGAACUGGAGGAUCGGACAACUAUACCUUCUAUAGGACAGAGCAAACAAAAGACAACUACACAGCCUCAGGAAGUAGAGGCGGAAGACGUCACCACAUCCGCACCAAGGAAACCUACCCUAGUGAAAAUGGUUACGUCAAAGGGAGGUGCUAAGGUUAGGUUAAACAGACCGGUUAAGAGGUAUCCUCCAAAAUACCGCUUCCCUAAAAAUCAACAACGUCAUCAAGUUCCGGUGUUAAAAGAAGUAAAUUCUGUAUCUAAGGUCAUGACAAGAAUACCAACAAAAACCAGGCCAAUUUAUAGCAGUGAACAGAAACAAAUAGACGCCAAUAAGAUCAAAAAUAAAAUAGUCCAUAAAUCCACGAGAAUAAAACCAGUUGUAAAAUCUUCUGUUGUACAUCGUUUAGUGCCAAAACAGUAUUCUUAUAUACAGGAAUUAUCAAACAGAAAAAUCUCAAUAGACCAUAAAACAGUGCGACGACAUAAUAUGCACCUGCAAAAUCCUGUGAAUGUUGGACAGAAUGAGAGACAAGGAUGUAGUAAACGCCAGAAAUGUCCCUCUAAUCUCCGACCAGUGUGUGGAACUGAUGGAAUGUCCUACAGGAAUAAAUGCGUGCUUAAAACAGUCGCUUGUGUGUAA